AUGUAUGAGAACGAGUUUGAGUUGUACCCGGGCGCCGGCAUCGCUCUGCUCUACCUUAAAACGCCACAGGACUUCAUUUUUCUCCUGCAAUUGGCGAAAAGUAGCAGACUGAAACUGGAUGGGAAGAAGCUGGCCAUCAGUCCUGUAAACUUGUUCUGGGAUAUGAGGGCCAUCGCAGAGUUUUUACAGAAGCGGCCUGCCCCUCCCAAAAAAGAGAUGAGGGACUCUCUCACAGCCAACCGCUUCGAAGAGAACGGUGCUCUCCUCUAUUCUUUACGCUCCAUGGAGAAACAUGCGCCGUGGGUGCGACACGUCUACAUCGUCACGAACGGGCAGAUUCCCUCCUGGCUCAACCUGCAAAACCCUCGCGUUUCAAUUGUCACACACAAGGAAAUCUUCCUGAACAUGAGCCAUCUCCCCACCUUCAACUCGCGCGCUAUCGAAAGCCAUCUCCACCGCAUCCCAGGCAUCUCGCAAAAGUUCCUUUACCUCAACGACGACAUGAUGUUUGGCAAAGACGCAUGGCUGGACGACUUCUACACCCCAACCGAUGGGCAGAAAGUUUAUCUCGAGUGGGCUUUAGCGGCUUGUUCAAAAGGCUGUCCAGCACACAGGAUCAAUAACGGGCAGUGUAAUCGGGAGUGCAACAAUGCCGCCUGCCAAUGGGACGGAGGAGACUGCAAAGUCAGAAACCGCAGGUCCAUAAGCAGCGCUGGUGAUGGGGGUUUAUUUCAAGCUCACAAGACUCAGUCAAACAGCCAGAAGUCAAGCCUGACACAAAAACCAGCAAACUUCUCGAAUGAGAAUAAGGCUCCUUUGGGGAUGACGCUCCAACAGCUGUACAACCUCAAGUUUGGCGGCAUGAGCCGAAAGGCGAUCUCACACGCGCCCUAUAUGAUUGACAAGUUUGUGAUGCAGGAGCUGCAGGACGCGUGA